UUUGACGAUCGCUAACGCGAUGGGCUCAAAACGGCUGACGGAAAUUGGAUUACUUUGGGGAGUGCGAGAAAGCUACGUAAUUGGUUAUACAUCAGACAAAAGGGACCGACUUGUUUUCGACAUGCAGGGGCAAGGGGAAACUCUUCUCCUGAUCAACAUUUAGAAAGUCUCGGAGUUGGCACGACCCAAUACACUGCAGACACGUUCCCUCGGUACCGUCCAUCACUGGUACAAGAAGAGCCAACCCCCGGCACGUUCGCCAGGGUCGCCAGUCGCGGGGUGAUUUCGGACCAUGAUGUCCAGAACUGAGACAUCAUGUGGCUGUGCCAUACCGUCAUAGAUUGCCUAGUUUAGGCGUCAGCGAGAAAUCUCACCUGUCUUUCUCCCGGAACGGCCAUUGCAAGAAUCAAGAUAGAAACGCACGACAGCUAGACUGUGCCAUUACAUAUACCCGAAUCACCCGCCACAUCUGUCCCUCUCCCAUCCUCCACCAUCUACUCACGAUAGAGCAAGUACGGACGAUGGAUAGUUUCGCAGAACCUUACACCCGUAUCGGAGACGACAUCUCAUUGGACGAGGUCCGGAAGCAGAUUCGUGCACUGGAGGAGGACCAUCGUGCUGCGGGCAUCCCGCUCUCUGGACGGGUCUUGCACGUCUGCCACUCACUCCCUAUCAUAGCGACACUCAAUGCGAAUUCGGGAGUGAUUAGCCCCCCUGCGACGCCCCCGCCAACCCAGGCAUCCACUUCCGUACCGGAGGGGAGCACCAUAAAAGGGGCGCCCACUGCGUGGUCGCUGGUCCCCCGGUAUGGGCACGCUGCGAUGAUAUCUGGUAUCACGUCCCUCAACGCAACGCACGAGCAGCUGCUCAUCGGCUGGACGGGAGACAUCCAAACAACAGUGCAGGGCGAGGUCGUUUCUGUGGACAAGGUUUCGGAUGGGGAUCGGAAGGCACUGGAAGAUAUCUUGCGUACCUACCAACCGAAAGAGUCGGACCCUGACGAUGACCGCAAGACGACCUACGUCCCCGUCUGGCUGGACGGCAAAGUCGCCCAUGGGCAUUACGAUGGUUAUUGCAAGCACACACUUUGGCCACUCUUCCACUACCUCUUGUGGCAGGACAUCGCAUCGGAGGAUACGUCUCAAGAGUCCGACUACAAUGCGUAUGCCGCCGCUAACGCCGCGUUUGCUGCUCGGAUCGCAGAGGUUUAUCGCCCAGGAGACCUUAUCUGGAUCCACGACUAUCAUCUUCUGCUCGUCCCUAAACUCGUCCGCGAACUCAUUCCUGAAGCCGUUCUCGGGCUUUUCAUCCACACCCCAUUCCCUAGCAGCGAGGUGUUCCGCUGUCUCCCUCGUCGGCGAGAGAUCCUGGACGGAAUGUGCGGUGCCGAUGUUGUGUGCUUCCAGACCUAUUCCUACACGCGCCAUUUCAUCAGCACGUGUAUCCGCGUCUGUGGCUACGAGAUCACUCCUCGUGGCAUCGAUGCUCAAGGUCACGUCACAGCAGUAACCCAUUGCCCCGUCGGUGUCGAUGCAGAACGUGUCGGCCGGGAUAUUCUGCGACCGGGGAUCGAGCCAAAGCUGGACGCCUUGCGCACAUUGUACGAGGGAAAGAAGAUCAUCGUCGGGCGGGAUAAGCUUGAUGUGGUCCAGGGCGUUCUGCAAAAGCUCAAAGCGUUCCGAAAGUUGUUACAGGACUACCCUGAAUGGGUUGGCAACGUCGUCCUCAUACAGGUCACAUCCCCCUCCUUGACGGAUUCGCCGAAACUGGAGCGGCAGAUAAGCGAAAUCGUGGCCAGCAUCAACGGCGAGUUCGGAAGUUUGGAUUUCAUUCCGGUGCAUCACUACCACCAAACGCUCAAAAAGGACGAGUUUUACGCGUUGCUUAGUGUUGCAGAUCUUGCUGUGAUCACGCCUCUGCGAGACGGGAUGAACACCACCUCGAUGGAGUUUGUGGUUGCGCAGAGCCGAACGAAAAAGAGCCCGGUCGUCCUGAGCGAGUUCAUGGGCAUCAGCAAGCACAUGGAGCAGGCUUUGAUGGUCAACCCAUGGAAUCUCGGGGAUGUGGCAGUUGCCAUCAAUCAGGGACUGCUCAUGACCGAGCCCGAAAAGCUCGAACGGCACACCGCAUUGCACAAAGUGGUCACGACCCACACCUCACACACAUGGGCUGCAGUCCUUGCCAAGAUACUGCUUGGCCAGCUCGGUGGGCUGGAGACUGCUCGCCAGACCCCCUAUAUUCCGAAAGACGUGCUUGAAAGCAAGUACCACGCCGCGAAGAAGCGGCUGUUCUUCUUUGACUACGAUGGAACGCUUGCCCCGAUCGUCAAGGUCCCGAGCAUGGCGGUACCAUCGGGCCCGACGCUUCAGGCUUUGGAGAAGCUGUCUCAAGAUCCGCGCAACGUGGUCUACAUUAUCUCCGGAAGGGAUGGUGCCUUCUUGGAGCAGCAUCUGGGUCAUCUGCCGUUGGUCGGGUUUUCGGCUGAGCACGGUGGAUUUGUGCGCGAACCGGGCGAGGGCAAGCCGUGGACGAAUUUCACGGAACAGCUGGAUAUGAGCUGGAUGGGCGAAGUCGAGGAGAUCUUCCGGUAUUACACCGAGCGGACGACUGGCAGUCAUAUCGAGAUGAAGAAAAGCUCUAUUACGUGGCAUUACCGGGCAAGUGAUCCGGAAUGGGGUCAGUUCCAAUGCCGACAGUGCCAGGAUCUGCUGGAAAACAACUUGGCGCAUAAGCGACCUAUAGAAGUCCUCGUCGGGAAGAAGAAUCUGGAGGUCAGACCCAUUGCAGUUAACAAGGGCGAGAUCGUCAAACGGUUGCUGUACAAGAACCCAGACGCCGAGUUCAUCUUCUGUGCUGGCGAUGACAAGACCGACGAGGAUAUGUUCCGUGCAUUGAUACUGUUCAGCACUGGUUCUGUGAAAGCCUCGAUGGAAGCUCCGCUGUCGGUGACGCUUGUGGAGCCCCAAUUCGCCAAUGCUUCUCCCGUAGAGCUGGCCAUUUCUCCCGAUUGCGUGUUCACGACUGCAGUCGGCGCCAGCAGCAAGCGGACCCUGGCGAGCUGGCAUGUGACCACGCCCCAGGAGAUCGUGGAUCACAUGCUGGGUCUGGUCGAGGCGGAGCCUAGUCAGGCGCAGAGCCAUCUGUGAAAGACGUAGAUUCAGAACUCCAUGGACGCUGUAUAUCUGGAUGUGUACUUAUGCUUAGAUACGUUGGGUAUAAAUAGGUCAACUAACUGUACAUUGCUUUCAAUCUCAUGCCGUCAACC